AUCAGCUCCUCUAGGACAGAAGAUGUACUUAACAAACAAACUUUUUUCAAGACACAGAGACCCAGAUCAGACUUCUUCCAUGGCUGGGCUUGCUGGUCUCCACACAAUGAGAAAUAGAUACUUAAGGUUGCUGCCAGCCUCAGGACUCUUGCUGCUGUUUUUGCCAUUGGGAUUUGCAGCCCUGGAAACAAGAUCCUGUGCUUGGUGGUGCCCUCCAAACCCUCCAUGUAUCAAUGCUGAUAACUGCCGUUGCUUUCCAGGAUUCGGUUCUUCAUCUGAGGUGAUCUUCACUGGCCCCUUGGAGAGUUGUGAUGAUAUCAAUGAGUGUAGACCAUCCUGGAAUGUGUCCUCUGAAAUACAUAUAGACUGCCAGGACUUUAACGAGAGCCACUCCCUUUGCAAAAAAGGAAACAGUCUUCUUUCUCGUGAAAUGUUUGUGAAUGAGUGUAGAAGCAUGACUCCUGGUCUAGAGGCACUGCUGAUUAUAACAUUGAAAACUGCAGCUGAAAAGCUUAAAGCCUCUGACCCCACAGAAUGUGCCCAGUGGUGCCCUCCAAACUCCAAAUGUGUCAAUGCUAACAGCUGUCGCUGCACUUUGGGAUUCAAUUUAUCAUCUGGAGAAAUCAUCACCAGCUGUUCAGAGAGUUGUGACGACAUCAAUGAGUGUGAAACCCCCUCCACAGUGUCUUGUGGAAAAUUUUCACAGUGCUGGAACACAGAUGGGAGAUACUACUGCACAUGCAGCCCAGGAUACCAACUUGUUUCUGGGGCAACGAUGUUCAGGAAAGAAAGUGAGAACACAUGUCAAGUUGUCAAGCAUGAGAAUAUCACAAGGACCAGGACUCAGAAAAAUGUUGUGUCAGAGCAGGAUGACAAGAGCACCCCAACAUACACACUUGGAGAUCUGGAUGAACAGAAGAGGCUCCCAUCUGGACCAGACAGCAACAGAGAUCAUCAUAAGGAACCAUUUCCCCAGGACCAAACCUCUCCCAAGGAGGUCAAACCAGGCUCCAUGGGGGGCCAGACUGAUGGGGGACAGAAGAAGAAGGCUAAGCCCCACUGGCAAGAAGCCAAAGGUCUGUAUCCCUGGUGGAGCACAAGGGCCCAUAUGACACAAACACCUGCUACCCCUCACCCAUCAGACCUUUCUCCCCACUCCAGCCAGCCUGCCCUCACCCACAGUCCAUCUAAAGAAGAGGUCACGUUGGGCAUCCCAAGAUGUCAACUUUGCUCCUGUCCUGCAGGUCCUAUUGUAGUGGGCCUUGUCUCUACACCAGGGAUGAGAAAAUUGCUUGACAAUGUCUCUUUGGUCCUGGAUACUGAGGAGGAGAUAGUUCUGCAUGAGACACAAAUGGUCUUGAGACAGGAAAUCUCCCCCAUCCUGCUAUCAAAUGUGGUAUCCGCCUUUCUCAACCGCAAUAACACACAGAACCUCAACUCCCCAGUUACCUUCAUCUUUCAGCAUAGAGAAGAGAAUACUUCACUCAAUGUGAUCACCUACAUGGGGCUGACCCUCUCUCUGCUGUGCCUUCUCCUGGGGGCCCUCACCUUCCUGCUGUGCAAACCCAUCCAGAACACCAGCACCUCACUCCACCUGCAGCUCUCCAUCUGCCUCUUUCUGGCCCACCUGCUCUUCCUAAUAGCCAUCGACAGAACUGAGAUCAAGGUGCUGUGUAGCAUCAUCGCAGGUGCCUUACACUAUCUCUACCUGGCCUCCUUCACCUGGAUGCUGCUGGAGGGCCUGCACCUUUUCCUCACUGCACGCAACCUAAUGGUGGUCAACUACUCCAGUGUGAACAGGUUCAUGAAGAAGCUCACAUUCCCUGUGGGUGGAGUCCCAGCUGUGAUUGUGACCAUAUCUGCAGCAACCCAGCCUCAUCUCUAUGGAACAUCCAGCCGAUGCUGGCUCCACACAGAAGAAGGAUUUAUAUGGACCUUUCUUGGUCCUGUCUGUACCAUCUUCUCUAUUAAUCUAGUCUUCUUCCUGAUAACCUUCUGGAUUCUGAAAAACAAGCUCUCCUCAUUCAACAGUGAUGUGUCCACUCUCUGGAACACUAGGAUGCUGACAUUUAAAGCCACAGCUCAGCUCUUCAUCCUGGGAAGCACAUGGUAUCUGGAAAUCCUGCAGGUGGGGCCAGCUGCCCAUGUCAUGGCCUAACUCUUCACCAUCAUCAACAGCCUGCAGGGCGUCUUCAUUUUCCUGGUGUAUUGCCUCUUCAGCCAACAGGUCCAGGAUCAAUACAGGAAAUGGUCCAAAAGAGUCAAGGAAACCAAAACUGAGUCUGAGGAGUACACGCUUUCCAGCAAGACUAUAUCUGAUCCCUCCAGACACAGUGUGGAGAAUUAAACCAACAGCUGAACAAGAUGAUCUAUUAUGGCAGAUGAUGAGGAAAAUUCUGAACUGUUAUCUUCGGGCAAAAAGUAAAAAAUAAUAAUAAUAAUAAUUUUUCAUGUUCGUUACAAGUAAUUCCGAGGCUCCAUUGAGGAAGAAAGGACAAAGGGAAGGUUUCACAUUCAGUUACUGGAGUUUUCUGGUUUUCUGCUCCAUAUGGUAUGCUCACCUCACUUCCGGCAGUCAAGUACCUAUUACCCAAUUCCCCAGUUGUCUUGGAUUAAAUCAUCUGCUUCAACCACUUUCCUACAAAGAAAUUCUUCAAGUUGAAGAUAUAUGACAAGGAAAAUGAGCCCAAAUGAUUAUCUUAAAAUACCAUAUGAGAGUCAAUAAGGUUCAGAUACCUACUUAUGGGAUAAUGAAUGAGUUUGGUUUACCAAGUUUUUCUUGGUUUAUGUCCUAGGCAACACCUGCAUUACAGGCAACCUAGGACAGUUGGUCUCCAUGCAUCAUGCUUCAACUUACUCUCCAUUUCUAAAAUUACUAAUUUAUUCAUUAGAAAAAAAUGUAUUUUAUUACUUACCAUGUGCUGCACACAAAUUAAAACAGAUCUAGCUUCUGAUUUCAGAGAGCUUACAUAUAAAAAUAAAACACUUUCUUCAGUUAGCAUAAAAUCAGAACCCUGUCAAUAGAGUCUCUACAUCCU